AUCUACCCAAAUAUGUCUGCGGAGCAGGUUGAGAUACAUAACAGUUCGUAUUGUCAUGCUGCCCAUAUUGUUCCCUCGUCAUACCCAACUAAUUCUAACGCGGAUGAUUGCUUUGGUGCCAUUCGCCAGGCUAUUUUGUGUCAUGGUGACAUCUCGUUAAUCUACUGGUGGGAUCCCAACUAUACCUAUAUUGACGAUGACGGCACAGAGCGGUAUACGAAGGACUACCUACAAAAGACCCCUAAGGAGAGACAGGUGGGACUACAUGCUUCAUGGAGCUCUGAAGUACAGUGUAGGGAUAUGGAUGCAAUUAACACCUGGGUCAAGGAACGUAUGGUUGAUCCUGAAAAAUAUGGAGGCAGGGAUGGUGAUUGAGGAGAGCAAUCUCUUCCAAACAGCCUAAUCCUGGAACAAGUAUUUUCAAUGGCUUUAGGUAGGUAACUGGAAUCCGUGGACUUGUUUUAUAGACCCACACAACGAGACGCUUUGUACUGGAAUGGAAAGAGUUGUGGAAGCGGAGAUGAACCGUCUUCCCGCAGGCCAGACUCUAUAAACCAUGAUAGCUUCAGAACUGUGCUCGAUUUCUCGGUCCAGUCAGGCGAGCAUAGACAUCGGUCAAGAAGGGAGAGG